CCGUUCUCUUUCCUCUAGAUACUGUUUUUCCUUCUUCUAGUUCAUUCCAGAGCGGAGCAGCUUUGGAUUUCUCCGCGCUUCCUCCGCCCCCCUCCCCUGGUAGCUGGAUAGCUGCCAGUGUCUGGCAGGGCCAAAGUUUUAUCUAUAGGGAUAUAUUUUUUCAGCCCAGCCCAGCUGCACGCAGGCUGCCUGCAACUGAACCCACGCUCCUGGGGCAAGUUUGACUGGGGAGAGGAUCAGCAGCAGGGGUGCUGCUUGUGCCUCUCCUCCAGCUAUUGCUGUCAGGAUGGAUUUAUGGCUUUCAAAGGAGUGAGGGGCAGCGGGGGGGGGGGGGGGAAGGAAAAUUGCCUACAGGAGCCAGAGUUUACACCACAGCCCAGCAAAACAUAGCUAAAGAAGCAGGCGGAUCUCAAGGCAUGAGCAGCAUAGAGGUGGCACCCUGGGAUCUGGUGGAUCCUUGCACGUAAUAUGACUGAUCUUAAGCCUUUCAUCUGCCUUCACAGAGCCAAGCUUUUGGAUUUAAGGUAGUUUGCCCGGGACCAGACUUUGCUAUGUUGGCCAAGGCAGUGCUUUCCCUUGGUCUGUGGCUGCAGUUCGCUGCGGGACAGAACACACCUGAGAGAGGUCCCCAGCCGUCUAUUUCCAAUUCAGAGGGGGACCUCCUCUUCUUGCUGGACAGCUCUGGCAGCGUCUCCUACUAUGAGUUUUCCAGGGUCAAGGAAUUCAUGUGGGACCUUGUGCAACCUUUCACCUUUGGCCCCAAAGAUGUCCAGACCAGCAUCAUCCACAUCAGCACGACACCCACCAUGGAGUUCCCUUUUGACCGGUACCUGUCUAGCAAGACUCUGCAACAAGCCAUCCGGGACACUCGGCAGCUCAUGGGUGACACUAACACAGGCAAAGCACUCUCCUUUGCCAAGGAGAAAUUAUUCAGUGAUGAAGCUGGUGCCCGCCCAGAUGUGCCCAAGGUACUGGUUUGGGUGACAGAUGGUUUCUCCACCGAUGACAUCUCCGAACCCAUGCAGCUCCUGAAGGACAUGGGAGUGACAGUCUUCAUUGUCAGCACUGGACGGGGGAACUACCUGGAACUCUCUGCUGCUGCCAGCCAGCCACCUGAGAAGCACCUGCACUUUGUGGAUGUCGAUGACCUACCCAUCAUCACCAAGGAGCUUAGAGAUGCUAUCCUAGAUGUUAUCCAAGCAAAUCGGCUCCAUGCAGUAGAUAUCACCUCAAGCAGCUUCCGUCUGAUGUGGCCCAAACUCCUCUCCGAAGAAACCGGCUACUACACCCUACAGUAUGCCCCGAUAGAUGAUCUCGCAAGGAAGAGGACAAAGCAAAUGUCUGGGGCUCACACUAGCCUCGUGCUAAGCAACCUUGGAUCAGAAACUACUUACGAGGUGGCACUCAUUCCUGAAUCCAACAUCCACUACUUCCCUCCCCAGACAACAAGGGUUACUACACUGGCAGAGGAAGUAAGUCCAGCUCAGGUUCUCAUCUCAGAGUCUGGGCCACGCAGCUUCCAUGUUAGUUGGGGUCCUACCCUGGACAGCGUGAUGGGCUAUCAGAUCCUGUACGGACCCCUUCCUGGGAACUCGGUGAAGCUGCUGGAAGUGGACGGCAAGCAAAACAGCACUGUGGUGGAGAACCUGGCACCCAAUACAACCUAUCUAGUGACAGUGACUGCAAUCUACAAAUCGGGAAAGGAGAAAUCCCUGUCCGCUAAAGCAUGCACUCAGGAAGAGGGCUCCAAAGUGAGGCACCUCCGCUUUGAAGACAUGGGCCCCAACACUCUGAAAGCCUCCUGGGACUCUGCCGAUGGGAAAGUCCUUGGUUACAGGGUCCGAUGCCGGCGGCAGAGUGGCCCUUCAUCCGUCAUCAGCGUUUCGCCGCAGAUUCACAGCGUGCUCCUCACGGACCUGGCUGCAGGCACCACCAACAAAGUCUGCGUGAAGCCCGUGUACAAGAACCAGCCAGGCAAAGGGCUGUGCCGCAUGGCACACGUGCAGCCGGAAGCCCAAGGAUAUAAGCACAGACAGACAGCAUGACAGACUCUGGAGUGAACUGAUUCCCGGCAGAGCAAGGAAUCUUGCUUGGACAAAGACUUGGACAAAAAGGAGUCGUCAGGGGAGGAAGCCGGAAAGCUCACAGAUCAUCUCCCAGCCUGCACUGUCCGUUAAGGUGUCCUGGUUGUCAAGCCUAAAGGCUGUCCUCAGCCCAGUUCUGCUAAAGCUUAAAGGUUUGGCUUCGCUGAGUGGAACAAUCAAUCUGACUAAUAGAUCCCAAAUCUGUACCCUCUUUUCAUAUAAAUACGCCUGACAAAUAACAAACAAAAGGCAAAGGGAUGAAUCCUCACUAUUGCUUGCUUACUUACUGCCUGUCCUCUAUUUAUUAAAUGUUGAUACAGUUCUGGUUUUGCAGCUUAUGAGCAUGUUCAAGGCUUGGCUGUUUACUCCCCUGGCCUUUCACUGUGGGCAUCUGCCCUCAGAGAAAGAUUACACGUGACACACCUGAGAAAGAGCAGCUUUCUCCCAGUUCACCCAGUGUACUCAACAGAUAGCUCAAAUUAGGCAACCCAAAAGUAUAGCAUCUCAGGAAUGGAAGGGAAAAGCAUUAGGAGAGAAAAGAACAACAGAAUGCAAAAAUGUACAGUAUGCAGAGAUCAGGUCAAAGCCAACAGGACUUCUGAGAAGAGGAAGAAAAGAGGUGGUUGUCCUCGUCAAAGGUCAGGUGGGUUAUGAAGACGCUAUAGAAAACAUCCCGCCUUUUAUAAAGCACAAGGACAGUUUAGUGUUUCCAGAUGGUCUUUGGUUGAUGGCAGAGCUUGGUGGAUGAACUCUGAGAAACAGAACGACAGGGCUGUGCCAGGCCAGGGCUGACGAGCGCUGUCAAGAGUGCUCCAGCAGAAGUCUGCUCACUGUCUGCCUGCUGAAUUCUUGAGUCUCAUUAACACUGUUCCACUCUCCCUAUGGCACUGGUAUUAAAUUAAUCUGCUGCAAUGACAUACAGAUCCCAGAUGGAAUCUGAAGGGCUCAGUUCCCCCAAGUAAUUUGCCUUGGGAUUUGAUAUCAAUCUGAGAGAGCAGAAAACUCAAAAACCUGGGAAUUUGCUUCUCCAGCAGGUUACUCCAGAGCUCUCAACCCUCAGCUGAGCUCAAGGAGCAGCAGUGAGUCAAGAAAAGCCAGACAGCAAGACCACCUAACCCAGUUAUUUUUGUUUCUUAUUCAAAUACAUGCCUCCAAACAACAGUGCAAUGCUGCCCAGAUCAUGACCACUGAUUUACUUUGGCAUACCUGCAGUCAGUUUCACCAAAUUGGAUGCGAGUCCUGCUAUUGGAGCAGCCAUAUAGAGAUUAAUUAGCCAGUUCUGUGGCUAAUUAGGGACAGUAAGUCUCCAGCACUAUCAUUCCAGGCUUUAUCCUCUGCACUCUGAAAACACCUAGCACAUCUUUAGUGUCUUGUCCUGGGCUUCCACCCAGCCCUAAGCUUGAGGUACACUUAAAAAUCAGGUUUCUAGGGGAGGAGAGUAGAACUGAUUCUUUCCCUUUGGCCCCAGGCUUGAAUUUGCUGUCACUAAUUUUAAUACCUAGUGACAAAGCCAUUGGAGCAGCAUCGUUCCAAAAUUCAGGCUUAGGGCUGUGAAGAAAUGUAUACACUUUUCUAGUAACAAAACCCAGCACCAGUGGGAACACCUUCCCUCAGUAAUGCCUGCUCUAUUUUAAAUGUAUUGCUUAUUUGUCCUAUGGGUGGAACUGUUUUUAAAGCUGUACUGUAUUUUGGAGAGUCCUCAUUAGUGUCGCUCUAUUCUGCAAACCCUCUGUUAGCUCUGCUUAUGGACUUCUUAAAAAGAGUUCCUUUCAGAGCUGAGAUGAACUUUGUCACUGACCUCGUGUCCUGAGUGCUGAAUUCAUCAUACCUGGGUUUAUGGAGCGUUUGCUUUGGGCUGUCAUCUUGUACAGGAGGAAGGGACAGGAGAGGGCUGAGUCACUCAUGAACCUGAUAAGAUUUCAUACACUUUGUGUUCUCCUUUGGAAUGUGCUCUUGUGACUGAUUAAUCUUCAUGGAGACUGUGCUGAAGGGAAGAAAAAGUCUCUGGAAUCAUAGCAUCGUAAAAUAUCUCAAGUUGGAAGGGACCCAUAAGGAUCGUAAGAGUCCAGCUCCCAGCCCAGGCAACAUCUGGUCAAUCCAAGAUAAAGAUACCAUGAGUGAUCUCUCAUGCAAUAAGAUAAUCUUUUUCAUUCUUGCUGUAGGACAGAAAUUAAUUUUGCACAACUCCUUGCAUAGUUUACUAAUACAUUAACAUGUCAUCCCCCCCAAUUGUAAUGCAUCCUUUUGAAGACAAUUAAAAAUACAGUACAAGA